AUGGUCACGCCAAAUGAGAUGAAACAGUCACUCUUGAGAGUCGUAUUGUUUCUCCUGCUCUCCCAAGUUGCUGCAUCCGCCACGAACCUCAGCACUAUCUUCAGCCAAGACUGUGACGAAUGGGAUCCCAAAUCGGUCCUGGUGCUCCCCGAGGAUGCGGCCUUUGACGGGGUCACAGAGAGGUGGACCAUCAUCGCCGGGCCGACCUUUGCAGGCGUCUUUCGCCCGGCAAACGAGGCCGAUUUGGUCAAGACGGUGCAACUCGCGAGAAAGCACAAGCUGCCCUUCUUGGCCACCGGUGGUCGUCAUGGCUUCUCCACCACACUCGAUGCCCUGGACCAGGGCCUAGAGAUCGACCUCAGCCAGCUCAACGAAGUCAGCAUUGAUUCCGAAAAGGCCACAUUGACGAUUGGUGCCGGUGUUACCAUCGGCGAGAUCCUGGAUCCCAUCUAUGAAGCCGGUUUUGAGAUGCAGCAAGGCACUUGCUCGUGCCCAGGUCAGCUGGGCGUGACGCUCGGUGGCGGCAUUGGCCGUUUCACGGGCAAGUACGGCCUUCAAAUCGAUGCCUUACUGUCGGUCCGCCUAGUCACCGCUGAUGGGCGUCUGCUUCAUGUUUCCGACACUUCGCACCCAGAUUUGUUCUGGGCCAUCCGCGGAGCUGGUCAAAACUUCGGCAUCGUCGCCUCGGCGACCUACCAGCUCCGCCGUAUCGCUGACAGUCCAGAGGACCGCGGAGAGGUCAUGCUUGUUGACUUGAUACUGCCCCCCAACAUGAGCACCACGUACUUUGAACUCCUCGAGUCCUAUCAUGUUGACGGGUCAUUGCCUGCGAACCUGGCACAGAUCACUUCCAUGGGCUGGGAUACCUCAUUCAACUCGCCCCAUGUGUUGGGCAACUGGGUAUUCUUCGGGUCCGAGGAAGAGGGCCGUAAGGCGCUUGCUCCGGUCUACGCCCUCAACGCACCCAUAAUCUCAACGACGAUGGUGCCUUGGAACAAGAUCCUUGCCUCUCAGGGCUUCGGCCAAUUUGAUGCGGCCCUCUGCCAGGCCGGCCAGUCGAUAGACUACUAUGGUGUCACUUUCCGCAACUUAUCGGCCCCAACUUUCCAGACCGUGUUCGAUAAUCUCACGGAAAUCUACAAUACUUUUCCGGACACUCGUGGCAGCACGAUUCAGAUUGAGACGUUUUCAAACAAAGCACAGAUGGCCAUCCCCGACAGCAGCACAGCAUAUCCGUACAGAGAUGCCUGGGGCCACAUGCUGGUUUCAUGUGCUGAUAAAGGGGCUGACUCCGUUACUGCAGCGCCUUGGUUUUCACCUGGAACAACCAGACCGGGCGGGAGGCUCUUGCUAGAGAGGGGCCUGUCCUUCGAGACACAUUUGCGUCGACGGCAGGCUACGAUGGGCUUGCAUGCUACAUGA